CGGCACACAGUAAACGGGUGUCGGCGUUGAGCGUCGCUGAGCUCUGAAUGGACACUAAUAGGGAAUGUAAUAUUCUUCUGCCACUGCCUGGUUUCUUCUGUCAUUUAAUUUCUGCAACGGAAGCCCGCUUGGUGUCCUUGCCUGGGCCAAACCGUUUGUGUUCCAGAGAUUGCACUCCAUGUGACAGAUGCGGCUUCCCUGUUCUUGAAAGAGGAGGAAGAGAGGGAGUAGAGUUUGUGUUGAUAAGUGACAGAGGUGAUAUGAUGGCUGACUUAGCAGGCAGAACAGAUCAGAGCAGACUGUCAGCUGCAUACUGAACCAACUGGAUGCAACACUUUAGAGAUUAGACAGAAUGGAUUUCCUCAAUUGCACUGAAGGAGUGUUUGCCACAAGCAGCAGUGGUAAUGACUCACUGGAGACCACUAAACUCCCUUCCAGUAAAGUCCUGCUUACGGUGACCCUCUCUGUAGUUGCUAUCCUGACGACGUUCUUCAACUGCCUGGUCAUCACAGCUAUUGCAGUCACCCGCAAGUUGCACCACCCAGCCAACUACCUCAUCUGCUCAUUAGCUGUGACGGACCUACUGGUUGCUGUGCUGGUCAUGCCCUUCAGUAUCAUGUACAUUCAAAAAGAGACUUGGGUUAUGGGCCAGGUGGUGUGUACCAUCUGGUUAAGUGUUGAUAUCACCUGCUGCACAUGCUCCAUCCUGCACCUUGCUGCUAUCGCAGUCGACCGAUACAGGGCCAUUACUGAUGCAGUGGAGUAUUCUCGCAAGCGCACUGGGGCCAGGGCUGGGGCGAUGGUGGCAGUGGUGUGGCUCUUGUCCAUCCUUAUCUCACUUCCUCCCCUACUGUGGCGGCACUACAGCGGGGAUGCGGAUAAGGAAGACCAGUGCAUCAUCAUGCACCAUCACAUGGCUUUCACCUUGUACUCCACCCUCGGAGCGUUUUACAUCCCACUGCUGCUCAUCCUCAUCCUCUACUACAAAAUCUACCGGGCUGCUCAGACCCUCUAUAUGCGCAGGGAAGCCAGCCGUGCUAGCCGUCACUCAUGUAUGACCAAUGGGAGCAUGAUCCCAUCAUCCUACCCUGCUGGAGAUGGCAAUAUUGAUGGGGGACCUCUAAGUCCAGAGCCCAUAAGCCCGCCAGAAAAGUCUUUCUCUGAACCCUCAACUGAGGAACCUCCACGUGAACGGGUUCGUGCAUCUGUGAAGGCUUUACAGCGCAAGACGCGCCGGCAUGAGUCACGUAGUGAGUCACGUCGUAGCCAGUUUUACCAAGGACCACGGAUCUCAGGCUCACGGGAACGCAAAGCAGCAUCUACAUUGGGGUUGAUAAUAGGAGCUUUUGUCAUCUGUUGGUUGCCGUUUUUUGUCAAGGAGGUAAUCGUCAAUACCUGCAGUUCCUGCAGUACUUCAGCGGAGAUGGCUGACUUUCUGACAUGGUUGGGCUAUAUCAACUCGCUCAUCAACCCUCUCAUCUACACUAUCUUUAAUGAAGACUUCAAAAAAGCUUUCCAGAGACUUAUUAGGUGCAGUCAUUACCUCUGAUGGUUACAAUUAUGCAUGAUCAUACUCAUAUACAACCACACAUACACAUGUAACCAGGAUGGGACAAACUAAAUGCUGGAGGUCACAGAGUACUGACUGAAAACUGACUUAAUGAGGAAAAGGAAUGACAUCCAUUUUUCCGGACGCUCCACCUGGCACUCCAACAGCCUAAAUGGCACAAGCUCAGCAAUGAACUUUACAGCAAAGUUCCACAUUGAAAGCCAAGUCCUGCUAUUAAUAGAACAGCCUGAUAUUUCAUUGAUGUUAAUUGGUGUGUUUGAGAGGACACUGACAUGUUGGUUUUUAGAAAAUGGGCAGUCUCUGACCUUUUUGAGGUUCUGUGCAUUAGUGAUCAUUACCAUUUAUAGAUCUUGAAAUAGCUGACCAUUAUAUCUGUUCCAUCUAAUGACCUCCUUUUAUCUAGUCCAUGCUGCUGGCUGAAAUACAGAUCAUGUGUAAAAUAUCACAGCAUACCAAGUUGUGACUUUCUGUGGCCAUGCCAUGACAUGUGAUUGACCGUUGCAGUGAUUGUUAACAGAAAUAGUUGUUGGAUUUGGUACGUGUUCAGCCAUGCAAAACAUUCCAACAAAUAUGAAAUAAUCUGAGAUUUUUUAUCAGGUAAUGAUUUGUUAAUUUAUUUGACAAUCCAAAAACCCGGAUUGUAUUGCCUGCCUUUCAUAUAUUUCACAAAAUUAAACUAAACUAACUAUACCAUGUUUUAUAUGUUUAGGAUUACCAGCAAAGAAUUGUUUCAAUGUGGAAAACAUGUUUUGUUGUCUAGGACCAAAUCAUACCAUUAACAACAUGUUUUGAAUAAUAAAAAAUAAUACAUGGGGCCAAUAUAAUAUAAUAUAUAAAACCAAUAUAAACACCUGUUUCAACUUAAGGGUAUUAGGGUUACAGGUUCUAUAAUAUACCGACACUUUAAUUGAUGUUUUUGCACACAUUUUUAUGUUCCUUAUUAUAUGUUAAUUUAUUUAUUUAUCUAUCCUGCGGCCAUUAAAUGCCUCAUCCAGUCUCACUCCCACACCAUAGCCAGCAUUUGGUUGUAAUGAAUGUUAGAACCACUGGUGGAGAAAUCCUCAUUACAUUAAUCCCACUCAAGCACUAGGAAUAGAACUACUAUUUAUUUACUGCCUCCAAGAGGGCACAGGGUGAUGGAAAUAUUGUGGAUGAGUCAAGUGUGAGGGUGUACUGUAUGCUUGAGAGAUAAUACAAGGUGUGUCAUGUACUUCCAUACAUCUGACAGUAUGACCAGUAUUUGUAUGCUGUUUCUUUCUUUGUCUCUCACUGUCUCAAUAAUCAAUAAUAAA